AUGGAUUUGGAACAAUAUCAUACAAGUCAGUCUUCUUGGGCUUAUGACACUAAUGUUUUACAAGAAGCACGUAUUAAGACAAGUGUUAGAAAGGGUGGGGUUAAUGAAAUAUUUUUGGGAAAUUUUCUUUAUAAUGUUCCAAUUUAUUUAUUCAUUUAUCAAAUGGAUUUUGAACUAAGCUAUAUCUCGAAAUUAUAA